UGCUUGUUUUUCCACCUCCUUGUCCUGGCGAAAGCGAGAGCGCUAAAAUGGAGGCGGAAAGAUCCGGCGGAGUAGCAGGGGGAACGAACCAGAACUCUGGAGGCAGCGGCGUGGGGCGCAAUCCGAACGGGCCGAAAUCGGUACUCGGGCAUGCGACGACAGAAGCGGCCGCGGCGGCAUCAGCGGCUGGGGCGAUGGCUGGAUCGUCGCAGCCUCGGGAACCGCAAGACGGCGACGCAGGCCUAUCGCUUCCUGGGAUCUUGCACUUUAUCCAGUUCGAAUGGGGACGCUUCCAGGCCGAGAAAUAUCGCUGGGAGGCCGAGAGAGACGAACUCAGGGCUCAGGUGACGUUCCUCCAGGGUGAGAGGAAGGGGCAGGAGAACAUGAAGCAGGACCUGGUCAGGAGGAUAAAGAUGCUGGAGUACGCCCUUAAACAAGAGAGGUCCAAACACCAGAAGUUGAAGACAGGCAGUGACCAGAGCCCAGGGGAGAAGAAACCAGAGGCAGAACAAGUGCCCAAUGGGCCAGCAGAAUCUGAGUCUGAGCCAGCCAAUCAGAUGUCCUGGAAGGAGGGCCGUCAGCUACUGCGCAAGUACCUGGAGGAGGUGGGCUACUCGGACACCAUCCUGGACAUGCGUUCGAAGCGUGUGCGCUCCCUGCUGGGUCGUACCAGCCCCGAGGCUAACGGCGCCCCGGCCAGCAGCGAGCAGCAGCCCGCCCCGGACCCCGAGCCCCUGGCAGGGGGGGAGUCACUCCUAAUCAGACAGAUAGAGGAGCAGAUCAAGAGGAACGCGGCGGGGAAGGAUGGUUCUAAGGAGCGUCUGGGCGGUUCCGUGCUGGAUAAGAUCCCCUUCCUACACGGCUGCCAGGAUGAUGAUGAGGAUGACAGUGAUGAGGAAGAUGACUUCCAGGGCAUGGGCACGGACCGUAUAGAUGGGCAGCGCAACAAGAACAAGAAGCCUCGCGUUAAGAUGGGGACUGAGCCCAUGACCACAGACCUGGACCCUGAUGAUGAGGAGGACGAAGACGACUCUGAGGAUGCCCUGAGCGAGUUUGACUUCCUGGGAUCAGGGGAGGAGGGGGAGGGGGCGGGAGAGGCCCGUAUCUCAGGGGACGGCCGGGAGUUAGAGAAGCGCAGGAACAAGUUACAGGGCAUGAUGUCGGACUUCCCCCCCAAACCCUCCCCGCCCCCCUCUGUGUCGGGACAGUCUCGCUCCGGGGAAGGUGGCGCUCUGGGUUUUUCCUCUGACGUCUUCAUCCUGGACGCCGUCGGGGGCGGAGACAUGAACCUGGGAGAGCUGGCUGACCUCACCGUGGCCAACGACAACGACCUCACCGUGGAUCUGCAGGAUAACCGGGAGGAGUUCAAGAAGACGUGGAACCCUCGCUUCACGCUGCGUAGCCACUUUGAUGCCAUCAGAGCGUUGACGUUCCACCCCAGCCAGGCCGUUCUACUCACAGCCUCCGAGGACGGAACCCUGAAGCUGUGGAACCUCAACAAGGCCAUACACUCCAAGAAAAAUGCAGCGCUGGACGUUGAACCCAUCUACACCUUCAGAGCCCACAGUGGUGCCGUUCUGUCUCUGGCAAUGGGAGAGGACGGAGACUCGUGCUACAGCGGGGGUCUGGACGGAACCGUGCGCUGCUGGAAGAUCCCUGACAUCAACGUGGAUCCCUACGACAACUAUGACCCGGGUAUAGAGAGCAGUGUGUUGUUGGGUCAUGAGGACUCGGUGUGGAGUCUGACGUACUCUGCCGCCCACCAUCGCCUGGCCUCCUGCUCCGCAGACGGGACCGUUCGCAUCUGGGAUCCACAGAACUCUGCCCCCUGUCUCUCCGUCUUCAACAAGGAGAAAGAACACGGAACGCCCACCUCGGUGGCCUUUGUGAACUCUGACCCCAACCAGGCAGUGGUGUCAUUCGACGGUGGCGAGACGCUGCUCUAUGACCUCACCACAGAGCAGAGCAUCAUGGUCCUGGAUACCGGCACUAAGGACGGCAGUGAGCUGAUUAACUGUGUGGUCAGCCACCCCUCGGAGCCCAUCUCCAUCACCGCACACGAGAACCGCACUAUCCGCUAUCUGGACAACAAGACAGGUAAACUGAUCCACUCCAUGGUGGCACACCUGGAUGCUGUCACCUGUCUGACCACGGACCCCAAAGGCACUUACCUCAUCUCUGGCAGCCAUGACUGUUCGGUGCGUCUGUGGAUGCUGGACAACAGGACGUGUGUGCAGGAGAUCACGGCCCACAGGAAGAAGCACGACGAGGCCAUUCACGACGUGGCCUUCCACCCCUCGCAGCCCUUCAUCGCCUCGGCUGGCGCCGACGCACUUGCCAAAGUCUUCGUCUGAGAGGAGGCACAGACAGGGACUCAACAUCAUCCUCACUGCCCGACUAACACAACUCGGCCAGAGGAGAGUGAUGACUACAAUGGACGAACCUCACACACAAUUCCACAUUCACAGUUACACACAUACCCAUCCAGUGACAUACACACACAAAAACUGUUGUCCUGCACCCCACUGGCUGGGUCAUCGCCAACAGGACACUAUUAACCACAGUUCUCUAGCUGAUCCCAUGAUGCCUCAGUAACUUGUUGCAAUACUAAUACUAACCAUACUGCUUUUCUAACGACUAGAUCGGACUGCUCGGUUUAUUAGGUCAGUUUACUACACUACAAUACUCUCAUUCAUUUCUAGUUUUUACAGUCCACUUGCGGUUAUUAUAAGACCGCGUGUGUUGGAUCACUACGCAUGCUGAUGCGGCACCUACUAUGACUAGUGACGCGGCGUGCACCCGGGUACACUUUCAGUUUGAAGCUUUUUUGUUUUUUAAGAGAUAAGAAGCUUAGCUCACCAGUCGCUAACACACGUAAGCACCUAACUACAGUAGAGUCCAGUACCCACCCGUUGAUGGCAGUAGCGAUUGUCUGCUGCACCACAGUGUGGGGGAACAGUGCAUUUCAUUCCAAAGACUUCUGAGGGUUUUAGUUUUUUUGUGUGUGUUUUGGAGACGCCUCCUAACCGGUGUUGGACAAACAGCUUUAAUAUCAGCCUCAUCGCCAAGAUACGAAGUCUGAGCGUUUGUGUGUCCGGUAUUGUACGGUCAUCCAUUUCAGUAGGAAGGUGUGUGUGUGUGUGUGUGUUGCACUUGUUUAAUCUUGGUGCUAAGACCUCAUCAGUCCGAGUCUGAAUCAGGGACCUGUUUUCAUUCGAGGUGUGUGUGUGUGUGUGUGGGGGUCCUGUUUGUCUCUCACUGGGAUAUUUGUCAUCAAAAGUAGCAUGAUAUAGCUUGUAUCGUCACUCUCCAGCCACGCCAACUGUAUGUGUUGAGAUACUGUAUGGGUAAUUUGUAUCUCAUAGGAAACUAACACGCUAUGCUAAGCAGACACUUUUAUACUGUUCUUUUUAUAUAUAGUGUGUGUGUGAAGUUUUGUCAUUUCAUCGGGACAGCUGGUUUGUGAAAGAGUAUGUGGAGAUGACAGGAGUAAUUUAAUGUUGAUGCCGCAGUAACCCCUCUGACUGAAACGGUGGACAUUACCAGAAAGUGGCGUCCCGUAUUCUCUCUCUGUCCCUUAAGUCGGCAUCUAGUCACAACGGCCUUUGGAAACAAUCUUAUUGUCCAAUGAAAUGACUGUUGUUGAUUAGGUUUCUGUUUCUUGUGCGGGGGGGGUUGCACUGAAUUGCCCAGAGUGCUCAUAGUGAGAAACUGGUGCCUCUCUCCCGUGUCAACGGGGCCAGCAGGAUAAAUUUGCCCCCAGGAUAUGGGAACAAAAUCCACAUAAAGAACCCCCCUUCCUCUCCCUUUCCCCUUUGGAGAGGAAACAAGAACAAACACUACCUGAACCCCCCCAAGACCCUUUACAUUGGCCUCCGACAAAGACUGAGUUUAGACAGGGCUGGUGACCGUUCACCAAGCGACCACUUUGUGCUUGGAUUAUUGCGGAGCUGUUUUUCCUGGAAGUGGUAAAGAGGUUGAACAAAGGGCGGAGCCUUGGGCGUCUGCUAAAGACUGACAUAUAGGUCAGAGGUCAGGGGUGAUGUCGUUGAGUAACCGGCCUCCGGGAUCCUUCAAGUUUAUUUUUCAACUUUCCGGGGUGGAAGACAGGCGGCGGGUGGGGGGGGGGUGCAGAUCUCUGGCUGUGGAAACAUGGUUCCACCAGACCAGGGCAUGGCAGUAAACAUUGAAUGGCCCAGUAGCUCCAUGUCAAUCAGUAACUGGCCCCGUGCUGCCCCCCAACCUACUAAUCAACCCCUAGCACAGAGGGAGGGGGUAGAACUCGUCCCAAACCACUGAUACCAGAUCAGGUAUUUUUUCCAUCCCCUUAAUGGUUAAAGUCAGCAUUGGAGUUAGGGUAAUCUAAUCCUAAAUAUGUGGUUAAGGUCAACUUUAACCAAGAGUGCCUACAUGCAACAGGGUUGCUACAGGGGUCAGAGAAUCAAAGGUUGCUGGUAAAAAAAUGACUAAGAGGUCAACGUUUCUCUCCACUGCAAGACCGUCUGGGAAGCCACUCUCUCUGGUUAGACAGGUUUUUGUGGGCUUGGUUUAGUUUAUGUCAGCUUCAUGUGUUUGCUUUUACAUGAUGGUUUCAGAUGCAUUGAAUUUGAUGAGGCAGGGAGAAUGCCUAAGUGCUACUUACUGUAGCACACUGGGUGCUGUCAUGCUUUGUUGUUGAGAGGAUAACUAUAGUACGCAGUUGUCAAUCACCCAGCUGAUGGUAUCACCCACCUCUUGGAAGUCCGGUGGCCAUUUUUUGUGUAACAGUGCAUCCACUCCCACCAACGUUAUAGCUUCCAUACGAAGUGCAUUCCAGUGACACACUAACUAACAGUUGGCUAUAUGCUGCAUUACAUCAGCUGCACAAGACCCCAAGACUAGACCAAGAGGUUACCUGGAGCCCGUUUGUGUCUUAGUGCGGCUGUGGAGCCCAUGGCCCAGUUUCCCAAAAGAGUCUUAAAGAGCGACUGGCCCUAAAAAGUAGCAUCGGUGUAGCAUCGGUGUGAGUCGGAAGCAUUUAUUUUACUGUCAAAAUUGACUACAAUGUGUAAACAGAAUAAUUUUGGUCAUAAAGUUAGUCUUGUCCAAAACGGAGAUUUGCGAGAUAGGAAAAAAAACGGUAUUACACAGAAUGAAAAGUACCAUAACAGUUUUCCAUAGGUUGGGUUUAUUUGAAUCCUUCCCACAGCUGGCUGCACUCAAGUAAUCAUCAAUUCUGAGUGCAGCUGCACCAUGACCCAAUGAAAUGUUCAUGAUCAAUUUGGUUUGACUUUGGAUAUCCUUAUGGGGCAAGUUAGGGACCAUCAGUAAAUUACACAAUGUACAUGGGACAAUAUUUGAAAUGUUCAAACCAACUAUACAAUGCAGAAAACCAACUAUAAAUAAUAUCGCAAUAUUGAAAGCAAUUAAUGAGACACCUAAAAGAUGUGCAACAUGAAAAUAUUGUCCCAGUUACAUUGUGUAAUUUAUUGACAAACUCAUUUUGCCACGGUCGCGUACCAGCUAGCUGAAGCUAAUUCAGGAAACGAUUUUAGCGAACUCUUCCCUCCUGCGAACACGCACAAGAGACACACAUCAAACCACACCCCGACUGAAUUCAGUCCUGGCCGCUAGUAUUUACUAAUGAACUGAAUCUAAAACGAGGACAAAUCAGGAAGUGCAGUUCAUCGUUAGAAUCUUCAUAGGAGCAUCGUUAAAUCGCCAAGCUGUUUCCCAAAACCAUUACUAAAGUCGCAUUUGAAAUCGACUGCCUCAGAACAGUGAAGUGUGUCGUUAGAUGCUUAAAUUAUUAUUAUUAUUUUUUUUUUUUUUACCCAUCCUGGUCACUUUAUACACAGACCAGAAGAUGUCAUCUACACAGAAUUCGAGAUGUUUAUCUGUCACUGUGAACGCAGAUAACUUCAGACCGAAGUUGACUGCUAAGUUGACCGCGAAGGAUACAAAUAUGCAUCAAAUGAAAACCGAGUUGACUGCAUUAAAAUAUGAAUACAGAAACUAUGCUUAUAAAAGCUACAUACAUAGGCCUGUUUAUUUAAAUCAUAUUGAAAUCCAUUUCAUGUUCAAUCAAUUGAGUUCUAUUUAGCUGGCUAGUCUGUCUGCAAUUUUUGCCUCUACAUUUCAUGUGUAAUGUGCGCAAUGAUAUGCCAAAUCUGUGAUUUGUGCAUUAUUAUUGGUUAAGCAUUAGAAUAAACCACCUCAAUAUUUGCAGCCAUUCGGUGAUCAUCUCUCUAGGAGCUGACCGGUUGUCAGUAUUGUGAAAUAAUUAUGUUAAGGUAGGAUAUGAAUAGAGAAAGCAGCCUCUCUUUUUAUCCUAUAGGCAUCGACACUUGCUCCAACGACGCACUUGGCGAACGUUCUUUCUGCGUGGUGUUUUGGGAAACGCAUGUUACAUCUUCGGCCGUUGCAGGGACGAUGCAUCGGUUAAAAUACUUGUACGCCUAAAUUCCAUCGCUACUAGGAAACCAAGCCCUGAAGUGUCUCCCUGGUAUUUCUCCUCCCUUCAAGUAAAUAUUAAGAGUGUGUUGGACGAACUCUGCACUCCGUGUCUGUGUGUCAGUCAGAGUCCACAUGUACGUCUGCAGCAUUGAGCUACAGACUGGUCCUGAUAUAAACGUUCUGAGAACAGACAAAUCAAUGUGAAACAAAACAGAAAAAAAAUCAAGAAAGCGAGAGGAAAAUAGAUAUGACUGUAAAUGAUAGAAGACUAGAGCAACUAUUAUCUGAUUUACAUGUCCAUUCUCAUGUUUUAUUUGUUGCUUUUUUCCCCCUUUGAUUAGAAUUAUUAUCUAAGAAUUACUGUAGUAUCAUCGGUGAAAUCUUUCUUCUUUGCUAGGCUUAGAACUUGCUUGUGAUUGAUAAUGACAAUGUAUACCUUGUAAAAAAAACAAAAAAACUAAACGGUUAACAAAUCAGAAAAAAAAGACAAAAAAACGUCAAAAAGUGAUCAGUCCGAGGCCAAGGUAAAGGACUCUUGUUUCUUUGUGUUUUUAUUUUUUUAAUAGCAACUUAUCACUGUGUGAUAUUUUGUACAUCAUAUUAAGCGGUAUUCAAACAAUUUCCUCUAACUACAAGGGAUAAGAGACCUGCUUUUUAUUGAGUUUGUUUUAUUAUAUAUAUUUUUGGAACUGCAUUCUAGCUUGUAUCAAAUUACAGAUUUUCCUUCUCUUUACUUUGCGGGUCUCGUGUUGUAUGUCAUUAAAGAAGAAAAAUACAAAAAAUUCUAAUAAAAUAACGAUUUUUGUACAGUGAA